AUGGCAGACCCUAGUUCGUUACUCUAUCAAAGAGUUGCCAAAUCAAUAAUGAGAAACAAAGCAAUGUUAGUCACUGCUGGUGCAGGGAUCGGAAUUGACUCAGGCCUCCCUGAUUUCAGAGGGAAGGAAGGUCUCUGGAAGGCUUAUCCUUACUUCAAAAAUACAAAUAUGAGUUUUACAGAUGCAGCAAAUCCCAGAUUUUUCUCAAUGAAGCCUAAAGAAUUUUGGUUUUUCUACGGUCAUAGGUACAAUUCUUACCAAGACCAUCUCCCUCAUUCAGGAUUCCAUGCCUUGUUGAAGGUUUGUAGGGAAUAUUUAGGUGAUAAAUAUCAUGUUUAUACCAGCAAUGUAGAUGGUCAUUUCCAAAAGGCAGGAUUUAACAAAAGGCAAGUCACAGAGUGUCAUGGGAGCAUCAAUCAUUUCCAAUGUGAUAAAUGAAGGACCAUCUACCUUGUACCUCACCGUAAAAGAUUUGAACUAGAUAUUAAGAAUUUUGUUUGUAAUGAUAUUCCUAAAUGCAAGGAUUGAGCAAGUCCAGUUAGGCCAAAUAUCCUCAUGUUUGGAGAUAGGGAGUGGAUCUCAAGCAGAAAAGCUAAACAAGAAGGCCGGCUGAGAGACUUCCUUUCCACGAAUAACAAGGAUGGAAUAACUAUUAUAGAGAUAGGGGCUGGCACAGCUGUUCCCACUAUUAGAAUGGCAAGCGAGUCUGUCUUCUGUGAGCCUCAUAGUCAAAGGACUCUUAUAAGAAUAAACCCUGAUCCAGGAAACCACUCAAUGUAUGGAAUCAAUUAUGAUGUUAUUAAUGAGAGUAACAUUAAUAAAUGUGAGGAAGAAAUCACUGAGAAUGAAUUAUUUGAAAUUAAGGAGUCUUCAAAGUUAGCCCUAAAGAAGAUUAGGGAAGCAGUAAAAGACUUCUCGUAACAAUAUCAAUUAUUC